UGAUUUGAAACUUGCCCAGCCGAAGGCCAAAUCAUGAGGUUGACCAUUCAUUUCAAUUAGAGUUCGUUGAGAACAACAAUUCACAGCUGGAAUAUACUCAGCAAUGUCAAAAAUGGAGGUUCUUGUGCUAGGCCUAUGCCGCACAGGAACAAUGUCAAUGAAGCUCGCUCUGGAAGAACUUGGGUACUCUAGAGUCUACCAUUUCUUCGAGAUUCCAGACAAUGCUUCACAUUCACAAUUUUGGAUCGAAGCUUUCGACAAAAAUUAUGGAAACGAGAUUCAGUCUCAAGAAAAGUCAUCACCUGACUGGCAUGAGCUUUUCCAAGACUAUAAUGCUGUAACGGACGUUCCAGCUGUUUGCUUCGCUCCAGAAUUAAUGGCUGCGUUCCCAAACGCAAAGAUCAUCCUCACAACUCGGUCACCAGAAAGCUGGUUACAGUCCAUGAAAAGCACUAUCCAUGCUCUGCACUCGUCACGUUUCAAUCGAGUGUCUCUUUUGCUCUCAGAUAAGGAAACGAAAAAGCUAUUCCAAUUAUUGAACACCAUUAUCAAGUACUAUUUCCGAGGCGAUGUUCCGAAAUAUGGACUUGAGGCCUUUGAGGAGCACAAUGCCUUGAUCAAGAAGCUUGCACUUGACGCAAACAGAGAUCUUCUUGAGUUUAGAUUAGGAGAUGAUUGGGAACCGCUAUGCCGGUUCCUAGGAAAACCAAUUCCAGAGAUUGACUUCCCUCACGUCAACGACAGUGACUCGUUCAGAAGGUCUUUCGGGUUGGGUUGGAACCUUCAUAGUUUGAUAUAGCACAAAAGUUUAUUCUAGAGAGGGUAAUCAGAUGAAGAUCUCAACUUAAAAACUUCGUUCUUCGCAUAUUGCAAUUGGCCACGUCUCAUUCCUUCG